GGGAGCCGGCGGCCGGGGGGCGGGGCCCCGGGGCGAGGCCCGCGGGCCGCUGGGAGUGGCGACAUCGGUGCUCCCGGCGGCGGGUGGAGGGCGGGGAACGGACCGAGGACCGCUGGCCGCGGCGCAGAUGUCAUGUGGCCUGUGCUUUGGACCGUGGUGCGUACCUAUGCUCCUUAUGUCACAUUUCCUGUUGCCUUUGUGGUCGGGGCCGUGGGCUACCACCUGGAAUGGUUCAUCAGGGGAAAGGAACCCCAGCCUGUGGAGGAGGAGAAGAGCAUCUCAGAGCGCCGGGAGGACCGCAAGCUGGAUGAGCUGCUGGGCAAGGACCACACCCAAGUGGUGAGCCUUAAGGACAAGCUGGAAUUUGCCCCUAAAGCCGUCCUGAACAGAAACCGCCCCGAGAAGAAUUAAUGGAGGACGCAGGGCCCUGUGGGUCCUUGCGUGGGCCAUGACUAGUCCUGCCACCAUGUCAACCCAGCCCCAGAACCCACAUCUGAUUUGCUCUGUUGCUUAUUCUGGCCCCUACUGCACCCGCCACCCAGCCACACACGUACUGGCUGCUCUGCUGUGUUUAGGCAGGCACAGUGGCAGCUGAGGGCCCGUGAAGAGGAAGACUCUUGAGGCUUCUGGCCUCAACGCUGCGUCUGCUGGAUGGUGGCCACAACCGCUCAGGCUUCUGCACUUGUGACUGCUCUGCUGGGAACGGUGUGAAGAAAUGAACGUUUCGCUCUCGGUCUCCGUGGGGAGGCGGUUCGGCCUCAAGUGGGAGUGGCUGGGGUUGGGGUGUUGCCUUUGGGAGGGACACCUACGUGUCUUGUGCCAGUUUGCGCUGGGAAGAAUUCACAAGUCGACCUAGCUCCCUCACUAGUUUUUCCUGUCCUUUGCGCUCAUUCUUCCUGAAAUCCUGUCCCGUCAGCUCAGGAGGGGGAUUCCUUGGGGAGGGAAAGCGUUUUUCUGUUUUUGGAAGCCCAGGCUGUUCACCUCCGGGCAGGUGAAUUUGCUUGAAAACAAUCGCCAUCUUCCAGCCACCCCAUCACUAUGUAGCGCAAAACGUGAUUAAAGUGGCAUCUGAGAA